AGUAUAUAAACGUGGGUACGUGCUGACAGAUGUUUCUUUAAAAAUUCACCCCUCCCUUAAUUCUUAUCAUUAAUUACUAUACGAGGGGAAAUUAUUUCAAGAUCAAAGAUAAAAAGGCAAGAAAUUGUAUUGAGACUUCUCAUUAUCAAUCAACAAUUGGAAGAUGAUGAAUACUUUAAACUUUAUAACUGCUUUCGUGAUAAGCAUCAUCUUCGUUGGCAACGUUGAAAUAGUCAAUUGUUCACCUAAAGACAGUGUUGUUCCAAACACAGGAUGUUAUCACCAAGGGACAUAUUAUAAUAAUCAAAAAUACGUUUAUACUGGACCUUUUAACGGAAACGGAUGCACUCUUUACUAUUGCAUCAAUGGAAAAGUUGUACCAUAUAAAUCUAUUCCUUGCGAUCCACCUCCAAAUGCUUACUGUGAACCUAUCUUUCAUAAAGGAGAAUGUUGCCCGACAUAUGAUUGUCCUAGAGAUUGCAUUUAUGAUGGCGUGGCAUAUGCAAAUGGAGUGUACAUUUACACUGGUCCAUUUAAUGGAAAAUAUUGCCCUGUAUACUUUUGCAUCGAUGGAGAAAUUAAACAUUCAAAAUCUAUUCCUUGUGAUCCUAAACCACAUCCAAAUUGUGUAGGAAUACAUAUUGAAGGAGAAUGUUGUCCAAAAUGGGACUGCCCUUCAGAUUGCGUUUAUGAUGACGUGACAUAUGCCAAUGGAGACUACGUUUACACUGGUCCAUUUAAUGGGAAAUAUUGUCCUGUAUACUAUUGCAUCGAUGGAGAAAUUGUAUAUUCGAAAUCUAUUCCUUGUGAUCCAAAACCGCAUCCUAAUUGUGUAGGAAUACAUAUUGAAGGAGAAUGUUGUCCGAAAUGGGACUGCACUUCAGAUUGUGUUUACAAUGGUGUGACCUAUGCAGAUGAAGAUUACGUUUACACUGGUCCAUUUAAUGGGAAAUAUUGUCCUGUAUACCAUUGUGUAGACGGGGAGAUUAUUCAUUAUAAAUCUAUUCCUUGUGAGCCGGCGCCAUACAAAGAUUGCGUAGGAAUACAUAUUGAAGGAGAAUGUUGCCCGAAAUGGGAUUGCUCUGGGGGUUGCACGUACGAUGGUGUAACGUAUGCUGAGGGACAAUAUAUUUAUACUGGCCCAUUCAAUGGAAAAUAUUGCCCAGUAUAUCAUUGUGUAGAUGGACAAAUUACUCAUUAUCAAUCUAUUCCUUGCGAUCCCGCACCGCAUCCCAACUGUGAGCCUAUCUAUGAAGAAACAUGUUGUCCAACAUGGGAUUGUCCUUCAGAUUGUGUUUACAAUGGUGUGACGUAUGCAAAUGGAGACUACGUUUACACUGGUCCAUUUAAUGGGAAAUAUUGUCCUGAAUACUUUUGCGACUAUGGAGAAAUUGUUCAUUUUCAAUCUACUCAUUGCGAUCUCGCACCGCAUCCUAAUUGUGUAGGAAUAUUUAUCAAAGGAGAAUGUUGCCCGAAAUGGGAUUGCCCUUCAGAUUGCGUUUACAAUGGAGUAACGUACUCUGAUGGAGACUACGUUUACACUGGUCCAUUCAACGGGAUUACAUGCCCUAUAUACUAUUGCAUCAAAGGAGCAAUUACAUAUUAUCAAUCUACGUAUUGCCCUCCACCACCACACCCUCAAUGCAUCGCAAUCAUGAUUAAGGGGCAAUGUUGUCCAAAAUGGGAUUGCGGCAAACUGAUAAUAGACGAAAAAGACAGUUCUGAUGAACCGGAACGCUCAAACGAACCUGAUGAAAAGAAAUGUCGUUACAAUAAUAAAGUGUAUAAUGAAGGAGACACAAUUUUGGGACCUUUUGAUGGAAGAGGAUGCACUAUGUACGAAUGUCAUGACGGAAAACCUAUAACUUUAGACUUUGAAAUAUGUGAACCACCAAGUAACCCUGACUCUAAAGCAACAUUUACAGAAGGAGAAUGUUGCCCAAAAUAUGACUCAGAUGAUCCGGACGAUGGCAAUAAACCUAAAAUUGAAAAAUGCGUGCCUGUAUAUUGAAUUACAAGUUGAUCUAACAUUCUAUUAAACUGAAACUGAGUAAAGACCUCUAUUACACCUCUAUUGAACUCCAUUGUAUUUAAAUUUGGCAUUCAUUAUCUUAUUUUCUGAUCUUUUGUCUUCCUCUUUUUAAAAAAUAAAAUUUUUAAUUUCUUCUUAAAAUGC